CCCCUGCUGCUGGUGGCCGCGGCCGGCGGCGGCGCGGCGUGGCUGGCGCUGCGGCCCAAGUGGCUGAUUCGCUCGCUUGACCAGGUGGGCUACCUGACUGAGCCCGGCUGGAGCCCCGCGCAGAGCGCCGGCCGGAUGCGCAAGAACCGGCGCGCCGGCCAGCUGCUGCCCUCUUACCCCAACGGCUGGUUCCGGCUCCUGGGCUCAGCCGAGCUGGCGCGCGGGGAGGUGCGCAACGUGGCCGCUCUGGGGGAACAGUUUGCCGUGUUUCGAGGUUUGGAUGGGAACGUGUAUGUUCUGGACGCUUACUGCCCACACCUCGGGGCCAACCUCGCAAUCGGUGGCCGUGUGGUGGGCAGCUGCAUCGAGUGCCCCUUCCAUGGCUGGAUGUUCUCUGGGAAGGACGGGAGCUGCACCAAGAUCCCAUAUGCCAAAAAAGUGCCUGAAUUUGCAACAACCAAAGUUUGGCCAUCGUGUGAAGUGAACAACAUGAUCCUGGUGUGGUAUCAUUGUGAUAGCACAAGCCCAGCAUGGCAAGUCGCCGAGCAGGAAGAGGCAUCAUCGCCCAGCUGGGCCUUCCGGGCUGGAACGGAGCACUUUGUCAGCGUGCACAUCGAGGAAAUUCCAGAGAAUGCCGCCGAUGCAGCCCACCUUUCCUUUCUCCAUAGUCCCUCAGUCAUGAGUGGAAAUGACCUGCGCUUCACAGACAACCACUGCUGGGCCUUUUUCAGGCACACCUGGGAGGCAGAGUGGCAGCCCGAGCCGGAGCCCAACGGACACUGUUCGGUCAUGAUUCUGACCCACCACGUGCUGCUCUUUGGCAAGCCCAUCACCUUCCUAGAUCUGCAUGUUUCGGCCAGGCAGGUCGGUCCUGGGUUGGUCAUCAUGGCCCUCAGUCACGCUUUCCUGGGUAAGGGGCUGAUCAUUCAGACCGUCACACCUCUAGAGCCGCUUCUUCAGCAUGUGAUCCACCAGAUCUACUACCCGCGCAACAUACCAUCCUUCCUUGCCAAGCUGGUGCUAUGGGCCGAGGGGGUCCAGUUUGAGCGGGACAUGAUGAUCUGGAAUAACAAGAGGUUCCUCUCCAAGCCACUGCUGGUGAAGGAAGAUGCCGCCAUCCUGAGGCACCGGCGCUGGUUCUCCCAGUUCUACAGCCAGAACAGCUGGAAACCCAAAGCCCAGAAGGACCAGCUGGAUUGGUGAUGACCCCACUAGCCUUAGGGACCCCCAAUACUACUUCUUCCACUUGCAGGGUCCAUGAACUCUGGCGUGUGAGAGUGAAGGGUGACUCUUACUUUGGGGAGCCAAGGAGGUUCCUGCCCCAGAGGAGAGAUGGGUGUGAAUUUGGCUCAGAUAAUACUCCAGAAUCAGAGGCGACGGCCUGCUGAAGCAUUUGGACUGGUGCCCCCCC